ACUACUAAACGUUUGUGUCAUACAUAUUUAAAUUAAUAACUUAGUUUUGUUUGAGUGACUGUUGUGAUUGAUUUUAAGUUUCAUCGUGAUUAUUUCAUAGAUACAUGAUAGUCAUUUAAUUUUUAGUAAAGUUUGGCAGAGGAAAGGCAAAGAUGUUUAUAGCCCAUACAGCCACCAUCAGUCAUUUUUUGCAUCUCAUUAUAUAUAGAACUUUUAAAAGGCAUUAUAACACACAUUCGUCAGUUGAUUGUGUGACUUUGCUGAUAGCACAUUAUGUCUGCGGAUCCAUUACAUUUAUGGCCGAUAACUAAAUGGGCAGAAUCUCAAAAAGUUUUCAAAGCCGACUGGCCUCGUGGUAUACCAGGCUUUACUGUACUGGAGCGCCAAAGAGAGUGGAUAGAGAAAGGACUGGAUUAUGGUUUUAAAGUAUACGUCCCUUACGGAGACGUGUGGAAUGGAAUCGUUGGCGUCAAUGAAAAGAGCACUUUCUACGAAAUCGUCAUCCAAUGCCCAAAGAACGAUACCUCCAAGUUGGCUGAAGCCCUGAAAGCUACCAAAGUCAUUGAUUGGAAGAAAACAGUAAUUUUGCCCUUUACUCCAAAACACAUAUUUGAAUGCGUCAAGAACGUAUUAGCAGAUCUCAACUUGGAAGUGUUAAGGAGUUUACUUUCGCAGAGUUUUUAUCUGGAUAAAGAUACAGCGGUGUUUGAAGAUGUAAGUUUGCCACCAGGAGUUACUUUCGACAUUUUGAACGAACAUCAUAUCGAAACACUAGAUGCACACUGGCCGCAUCGCUACCCAGGUUCUUCUUGGUACUUCGAACUUCUCAUAAAAUCAAAAUCUGGAUAUGGUUUGUUCUUGAAUGGAGAGUUAAUAUGUUGGAUGCUCAACAAUGAAUUUGGUAUAAUUACUCAUGUGUAUACCUUAGAAAAUCAUAGGAAAAAAGGAUAUAGCGAAAAACUGAUGAAAUUAGUUAGUAACAUUAUAUUGAAAGAAAAUAAACAUGUUUUUGUAUUCUGCGUCGCCGAUAAUGUAAGUAGUAAUUUGUAUAAUAAACUUGGGUUUUCUAAUUAUAAUGAAUGUGAAGUUUCCUGGUAUUGGUUGAAGAGUAAAAACGAAUAAAUAAAUGAUAUCAAAUAAUAAUGAGUUAAAUAA